AUGAAACAGGUUCAGUUGAAACUGCUGUUGUGUCUUCUAUUGGCAAUUGGUGUCACUGGACAAUAUAAUCCUGUCGGCCUAUGGGGCAUCAAUUUUAAUGGACAACCAGCCGCUUAUGGACAACCAGCUGCUUAUGGACAACCAGCUGCUUAUGGACAACCAGUCGCUUAUGGACAACCAGUUAUGAGUGGUUGGGGUGGUUAUUCAGGAAUGGGACCCUAUGGACGAUUCGGACAACAAUCAACUAUUGUACCACAAUACAGUGCUGAUUUUGGACAAGCUAAUACUGCUCAACAAAUCGUUCAACCGACUAUUACACAACAGACAAAAGUUACUGAUACUGAUGGUGCUAUACAACAACAUAGUUUCUUUCCAUCUCUAUCUGCUGUUGCUGCUACUAGUGGAAAUCGUGGUGUUAGAGAAGAUGUAUGUUAUAAUAUUAUUGAUUCAGUUUAUCCAUUAUUCUCAACAUAUUGCUCGGUAUUACCACAAACAACAUUUUCAUUACCGAACUUUUUUGGUCAUCAAACAAAACAAGAAGCAAAUGAAUUAUUCCUUUCAUUAAGACCAACAUUAUAUUCUGGAUGUUUUUCAUAUAUGCGUUUAUUUUUAUGUCCAUUAUUUUUUCCACCAUGUAAUGUUGAACCAAUACUUCCAUGUGCUACCUUCUGUAGAGCUAUAAAAAAUCGAUGUAGUAAUGUUGAUCUUUCAGCAAUUAAUUGUGAUAAACUUCCAGAAAAAUCAGAAUUUUGUCCAAUAAUCAUUGGAAAGAAUCGUUUAAUGUAUGGUGCAGGUGAAUUUCAACGAACUUCAUCAUACAAUAAGCACAGCUCACAACAAACUCCUUCAGAUGAUUAUUUUGGUUCAUCUUUAAAUCAAUUACCAUCAACAUCUGGUAGUUCCAGUAAUGAAGGUGUACAAACACAAACUGAUAUUGAUUCAUAUUAUGGAGAAAAAAGUUCUGAUCAAUCUAUGAACAACAUGAAACCAACUCAAGCCUCAACAGUAAUGUCCGGUACACAUGAUUUUUCAAAAAUGAAUACUGAUAGUACAAGCGAUCAACAAUGGGCCAGUGAAGAUCCAUCAACUGCAUCAUCAUCUACUGGUGGGCACCCUCGUUCAACUUACAACUUCGUAAAACCUGGUAGUUCUAGCUACGACUUCAAUAGUAUUUCAUCAGCACAAGAUAGUUCAAUUGAUCGUGGCAACUACGGUGCAUCACCAUAUAAUACAAAUAGUAACUUUCGAUCAUCAUAUGGUGACAAUGAAAAAUAUGGUGGUGGAUUAUUCGACACUGAUACUACAAAAUCUGUCGGCUCAUCAUCAUACAGUAAUACUGACAACACUGGUAGUGGAUCAUCCAAUGGUGAUACCGUAACAUCUACUGUCUCAUCAUUGUUCGGUAACAACAACAACUACGGUAGUGGAUCAUCUGAUGGUAGCAACAUCGCAUCGGUUGACUCAUCAUUAUUCAAUAGAAAUGACAACUAUGGUGGUGAAUCAUCCUAUGUUGAUACAAGCAAAACUGCUAGCUCAUCAUUAUAUGGUAAUAAUAACAAUUAUGGUGGUGAAUCAACAUCAUUUGGUAGUGCCAUGAAGCCUGUUGGAUCAACAUCGUAUGGUGGUGAAUCAUCAUUUGGUAGUAGUAUGAAACCUGUUGGUGUAUCAUCUUACGGUAACGGUGGUGAAUCAUCUUAUGUUGAUACUAAAUCGUCUGGAUCAUCAUCAUCAUAUGGUAACAACAUGAUGCCUGGUGGAUCUUCAUCAAAUGGUAACAACAUGAUGCCUGGUGGAUCAUCAUCAUCAUAUGGUAACAACAUGAUUCCUGGUGGAUCAUCAUCAUCAAAUGCAAACAACAUGAUGUCUGGUGGAUCAUCAUCAUCAUAUGGUAACAACAUGAUGCCUGGUGGAUCAUUAUCAUCAUAUGGUAACAACAUGGUGCCUGGUGGAUCAUCAUCAUUAUAUGGAAAUAACAUGAUGCCUGGUGGA